GUCCCACGCGCGCCCACAUCAUCAGCACUGUGCAGAGAAAGGGAGCGAUGAGCCGAUAUCACGAUCCAGACAUGGACACCCAGUCCCUCUCGAGCGUGUCCGGCGCCUCGGCCUCGUUCUGCUCGGCGGCCAGCGGCUCGUGCUUCUCUGAGGGAAGCAGUUUCGAGAUCGAGUCGGAAGUGGGGCGCGACGCCCUCGUCCAGAUCUGCUGCAGCUCUCUGUCUCGGCUCCUGGACUUCCCCGACUCCCAGCUGGAGGUUCUCCUUGGCUCGGACGACGAGCUGGCCGAGGAGGAUGGCGGAGUGAACGUCGCUAGGAACAUAGCAUCAAGUCUGAAGAUGAUGAAACGCUCCAUUGGCAGUGGGCUGCAUGCAAUUUCCCACAUGUACCAUCACCAGCGACACCACCAUCACCCUCAGGAGGUCUACACCAACACCCAGGUGUCUCCGGGCCACCAUCACCGACUGGUGUUUGGAGCUCCACUCACCAGCAGUGCUCAGAUAGUCCUCCUCCAGAUCAUGGCCCACGUCGAGGGUUUCACCGGCCUCGAGGGAGUAUUCCGGAAGUCGGGGAGCAAGCCGCGGGUGGACCAGCUGGUGCAGCAACUACGGGAGAAGGAGUUUGGGGAGAUACUUCCCUCCGGCUACUACAAGCCACACGACUACACGUCGAUGCUGAAGCAGUUCUUUUCCGAGCUCCCAGAGCCCCUCUUUCUGAAGAGGCACCUUGGAGCCUACAUGCAGACUUCAGAUUUGGCCAGUCCGGGAGCCACCACCAAGAGCCUCCAGCUGCUGAUGCUGAUGCUCCCGCCAUCCCACCGGAUCGUGGCUCAGCACCUUCUCCAGCUCCUCUCUCUCGUAGCCUCCUCCGCCGCACGCAACAAGAUGGACGCACACAACCUGGCGCUCGUGUUUGCUCCAACUCUCUUUCUCUCGGGAACCUUCAAAGCACAGGACUACUCCACGUCCGAGACACUGGACAAAGUUGUGUCGUUGUUGGAGUACACAAUUAGAAACCCCCUUGAGAUAUUUGAGGUGCCACACGAGGUGCAGGUGGUUGCUGAAAGGUACUGCAAGAAGAGAGACACCACUCAGGAGGAAGACAUAGCCCUGGACAUGUGCAGCACCUACUGCCAGCAGGAGUGUUCCGACGACUUCCACGCAGCGGGACAGCAGAGGGCAAUGACAGAGAUGGCCGCUCUCUACGAGGCGGUCAAGAACAUGCCCGACGGUCCACAGAAAUCCCUCUUCCUAAAGAAGUUUGAAAGCAAGUCUUCUGCCACGCCAUCGUCAGUAAAGAAGUCCAAAACUAAAAGCAACAAGGAAAAUCUCACCACACCGAAAGCACACUCAAAGAGCUUCAGGGUACACACAAUACAUGUUGAAACUACUGUUAACUAUGGUAUAAAUUCCCCACCAGGGUAUUAGCAAGUCCACUAGGAAGCCUCCUCCACCACCAACAGCAGCCCUACUGCUGCAGCCAGUCUCCAAGACACCCUCUGCUAAGAGGCCCUUUCUCAGACAGGUUGUGCACACCCCUAGGCAGCAGACUGCUGCCACACCUGUAGCUAGCUCCCUACUGCUGCAGACUCCCGUGAACCCUUCCAGACUAACCUUCACAUCAAUACCCACCAUGUCUCCUAUGGUCACUGAUGUAUGAAUAUUUUCAUGUGCGCAACUGCGCAUGCAUUGUCGUGCUGCCGAAGCGCUUGGCGCUUCGCUCCUCUGAUGGUAUAUACCCCUCUGAUCUCCUAGUUAGCUAGCUAGCUAUAUAGCUCUCAGCUCUUUGGUGCGCAUGCGUUCGUCUGACUGCAACGCCACACUACUAGUCGGACCUCUUAGUCUGGAGUUAGUUGGGGGCAUACUUAUUUAGGCACCAAAAUACUGUUGUUCGGUAGUGUUGCGAUUUUUGUUAGGCGUUUCAUAGCAUACGGUCGCGACGACUUCAACUGGUGUUUACGACGAAAAUGGCUAACAUCGCAGUGCAAGUUCCGUCUUAUGUGAAACUGGACCAGCAGCAGACACCCCGUGCCGACAGAGACAAUGAGCGAGACUCUCCGCUGUUCUCUCUAGAUCCGUCACCGGGGUCUAGUUUCAACAAAGGGAGCACUUUCCUGCCUCUUUUUGGAGCAGCUCGCAAGGCGGCACUACCGAUGAUAGCAAUGUCUGCAGUGGGAUGGAUGCUCUUCGUUCUGAGCUUCGGCAUCUACAGAAACCGGCACAUGUACGUUGGAUCCAUUACAGAUCACCCCGAGCUCUACUGGGCCUGGGCUGCCUGCAUCGUCGGCCCCGUGGCCUAUGUCCUCGCGCUGAUACACGCCGUCAUGUGGAAGCGAGCCGGCGCUGCCAUUGGCUCUGUGACUGCUCUCCUGGGCAUGGUGUACACCGCAACACUGGGCUAUGCUCUCAUUACUUGCGGGAUCUACACCUACGAGGCUGUCAAACACAGCGACGAAGAAUUCUCAGAGUACAGCGCGUACCCCGAGUAUGUGGGCCUGAUGUUGGCUGGUAGCUUCCUUGCCUGCUUCUUCUGGGGUCUAACAGUAGCUCUAUGGCCAUGGUACACAGACGGGACAGCAAAGGUGUCUAAAACUUCAGACUACUUGCAAUGAAAUUAGCGCCGUUUAGCCCAGAAUAACAUCCCCCCACAAUCACGUUUACUUGUGUACACACACACAACUUUGCACACAGAGAAGACACUUUUUUAGACUUCUGUAUGGUCACUGAUAACAUAUUUGCACACAGAGUAUUAUCAUUGCUAUGCCAACAGCAGGCCUGUUUUGUUCUGCUGAGAAUAGUAAAAUGCACCAUGCGUACCAGACACACACACACGAUGCCAUUGUUCUCCUGUUUAUAAAAUCAGUGCUUAACUGAAAGUGAUUUACUAUGGAGCACUGCAUCAGUAAUGCAAACUGUGACAUUGAAGACGGGGCUAUAUGGCUACAGUCAGAGGGUGCAUAAUUAUUAUGUGAUCAUGACAGGGGUGUGGUUAGUUCUGGCCUGAAACACGUGGCCAAGAGCUCAGUUUUUGUCUUGAAGUCACUAACUAUCUUCAGCAUUCUGAGAAAGAGAGAAUGGGUGGGGGGAAAUGGAGAUGGUAUUAUA